AUGUCAAUUCACUUCGCUCCUCAAUGGGUUAAACCUAUCAAACCAUCAGGUACAUCAUUGACUCCAACCACCGAACAUCCAUCCGGUAUAUCAUCGAAAAAUUCCACUACGCAUUCGAGCUCGAAUUCGAUUUCUCACACCGCGGCAGCAGGAUCUAACAAUAUACCUUUCCCAGCAUUGUCCCAACGUGCCGCUUCUCCAACUACUGCAACCGCUCAAAAUCCACCUUUGAGUUAUUCAAGAGUUACGCAUACACCUUUAUCACCUAGCUUCCCACCUGACGCAAGUUAUUUCCCUUAUCAAGAACCGAAUGGUAUUCAAGAGAAUGGAACUGCUCAUCCUUUUAGGUAUAGUAGAGAACAAAUCUUGGCUCUCUUUGAUGAGAGCAAAUUCAAAGAAAGACCUAUUGAAUUAGUGGAAAUGGCAGAGGGUGGUGGCGUGCUAGUCAGUAAAGCUGUGAAUAGACCUGUGGGAUUGAGGGAUCAUACUGAGAUAGAGAAGAAGCUCCUCUCUACUUCGAUUCACCCCCCCGCACCCUCUCGUCGUCAAGCUACUCACGCCAAUGUCUCGACCCCUAAUCCUGUAGAGCCACCUACUCCCAACGGUCUUCCAUCUCGUCGAGCAGGUGGAUUCGCCCGUGGUGAGGGCGGAGCGUUUGGCGGUGGACUGGGUGGUAAGAUUGGGACCAUCGGUGGAGGUCUGAUGAGUCCUGGUGGGUUGGAUAGUAAAGCUCCUGGUGCUCUAGGUGGUGGAUUUGGAGGAGUAGCCAAGAGAUUGGGUAGAGUGAGAGGUGAAACUGCUGAAGCAGGUGCAGAUGGUCCUCGAUCUACAGUGCCCAAUUGGAGACCUGCUCGUACUGCUUCUGGAAGCUUUGAAGGCGUUUUAGGAUUUGGCAGUACUCCCACUACUGCAUUAUCCUCUGCUGCACCCCUUUCACCCAGCGUGGACGUACAGACAGAGAACAACGAUGCCAAGAACAGGAAUGGUGAAGUGCAAAAGGAGAAGCCAGAUGAAGAGAAGAAGGAAGAGGAUCUUGGCAAAUUCGGUAAAGGUGGUGGACCAGGUUGGGGAACAGGUCAGAAGAAAUGGAGAAUUGCAGCGGGUCUAUCGGCUCGAGGAGAUGGCGAGAAGACUCUCGACCUUCCCAUCGCCGACGAACCCAGUUCAGCAUCUGUAAUUGCCACUCCCUCAGCGACUCCGAUUCCAGAACGUGAUGCUACUCUGCUUGAGUCCAUUUCCGCUCCAGCCGUACCUCAUCUUGCAAAUGGUACACAUGAACAGGCUCAGGCGGCUGGUCUGCCUCAGAACGAAGAGAAGCAGGAUUUGGGAGCAGUCGAGUGGUUUUACCGCGAUCCAAAUGGUCAAGAGCAAGGUCCAUUCACCGGCACUCAGAUGCACGAUUGGUACUCCCACUCUUACUUCACCGAUGACUUGCCUCUUCGACGAGCUCUGGAAAACACCUUCCGUCCUCUCUCCGAACUCAAAACCGCUACCGGGAAUGCCGUUCAACCCUUUUUAUCUCCUGUCAGACCUCGUCAAGCUCCUCCCAACCUUCCCAUCCCUGUUGCGGCACUCCAGCAACAAGCUCUUAACGGACAUAAUGUUCCCCUACCCGACUCAUUCCGGAAUCUUGGUAUCUCCUCCCCUAUAACUGCUGACCCACGAAUCAGUCCCCAACCACCUCUUCAACCUACACCUCAACAGUUCAACCAAGGUUUCCUUCCUGAUCCAGCGGCGUUCUCUCCUAAUGCUUAUGGACCAGGACAUAACGGUGUUCUCGGUUCUCCCGCUGCUUUCGGUCCUGCCCCAGGUCAAGGUGGUUGGGCUAUGGCUCCAGGGGCUCCCGGUACUCCUGGCGCUCCUGGUCCCCGACUGAAUGGUCCAUUUGGUUCCAUAGGUAUGCCAUCACCUAUUGGAUCUGCCCCUCUUCCUUUCAUGGUACAACCGCAUAUGCAACAAUUUUUCCCUUCUCAAAUGCCUCAAAUCGGUAGUCCCGUUCGAAGCGGAGACAUGUUUUCUCCGUCAAUCGGUGUAGGUGCUAUCCCCACUUCUCCAUGGGGCAUGCCUCAACCCCAUCAACAACAGCCUCAACACCCCUCUGCCUACGCUCCCCAGAUACCCCAACAACAAGCUUGGUCAAAUGAGCAGCAACAACCCAACCCUGUCAUCGAACAAGCCGUCGCGGAAGCCCUGUCACCUGUAGAAGUAUCAAAUGGUGUACCUGCUGAAGCUGCUCAACCCAUCCAGGCUGACGAGAAACCGGUCGAGAAUGAAGCUGCUCCGGUAGAAGCGGUGGAAGAGCAAAUUGCUGAAACACCUGAAGAGGAGGCAUCUCCUGCCCCUCAGACUGAGCAUCAAGCAUCUGUCUCAUCAAAGGCACCUGCUUCGGUCUGGGGUCAAACCCCUUCUCGCCAAUCAACAACGGCUUCCCCUGCUCCUUCUUCACCAUCCUCCGCUGCUCCUACUCCUGCUCCUACCUCCAAACUACCUCCUGCACCAGCCUCACUCCCUGCCAAACCCGCGGCUCCUGCCAAGCAACCUUCGACUACGGAAGUCUUCGCUCCCAAGACCGUCGCUCCUGGAACUCCAGGUCCUACCACUGGUGCCAUUUCAGGUGAAAAAACAUCAGCCGCUCCUAAACCUGCUCCAUGGGCUAUCAAAGAUGAGAAAGACGUAAAAGCUCUAUCAUCACCUUCCCUUCGAGAUAUUCAAGAAGCAGAAUCUAAACAUGCCGAAGCUCGAAGAGUUGCAUUGGCAGAGGCUAGAGCUGCCUCGGCAUCACCCGCACUCACACCUUCAGCUUCGACGGAUGAUUUCCCUACUUCAAUGGCAUGGGGAUUACCUUCUUCUAAACCUUCAUUACCUACUCCCGCGCCCUCGACACCUACGGCACCCGCCUGGGGUGGAGGUGAUAUUGCCCCUAAAAGAACAUUGAAACAGAUUCAAGAGGAGGAAGAGAAAAGAAAAGCAAAAGCUGCUCAAGCUGCUAGAAUCGCUCAAGGUGUCACUGGACUACCCUCUGCUGCCGGUGCCGUGCCCAGUAGUCAAAAGAGAGGUUAUGCUGAUUUAGCUGCCAACGCUGCUACCUCGACUCCUCCUGCAGGAUGGACAACAGUAGGAGCAAGUGGUAAAUCCGCUUCUACACCUGUCACUUCAACAGCUGCCAGAUCAGUUUCUACCCCUGUGGCCAAACCUGCCACUCCAGUCAAAUCAAUCGUACCCUCCCAAAGUGCAGCUUCCAUCGUUGGUACACCUAAAAAAGUGAAUGGUACUUCUACUUCUGAAGAAACUAAUGCGCCAAGUGUCGAGUUCAUCAGAUGGGUCAAAGGUGCUUUGAUCGGAUACAAAGGUGAUGUCGACGACUUUAUUAACAAUUUCCUACUCACCUUCCCUAUUGAUUUACCACAAUCAUCCCGAUCCGAGACUCUGGAAAUCAUCUCCGAUUCAGUUUACGCCAACUCAUCCACACUUGAUGGAAGAAGGUUCGCCCAAGAAUUCAUUACGAAACGAAAGCAAGAUUCAACGAGACCAAUAGCACAAAAAGGAGGAUCGACAAUUGUGAAAAUAACUUCAUUGGCUGAUGUAGUUAAAACUCAACCACAAAAGAAGAAUGACGAUCUAGGUUUCAAAAUCGUUAAAGGUAAAGGCAAGAAGAAGAAUUAG